UAUGGCAGCUGAAGUGAACACUGGCGAGUCUUUAAACACCAAUGUGCAACUAUUGGCACCCGAGACCACAGAGACCAGUGUACAACCACUGGGACCUGAGACCAGUGUACAACCACUGGGACCUGAGAUUACAGAGACCAGCGUACAACCAUUGGGAUCCGAGAUCACAGAGACCAGUUUACAACCAUUGGGACCCAAGGCCACGAAAAUCAGAGAGAGACUCCGCAACAACCUGGAUGAUGAGGAGAACACCGAGUUGAGCAGAGAGGACGCAAGUGUGUUAAAGGCUACACAGUCAGGAGAGAGGUUCACUCAUGCUCUCCUUCACCAUGAACACACCCUACACACCCUUGUGAAGCAUGGAUGUACCAUGGUAGGGAAUGUGGAGGUGGCGGCACUGAGUGGAGAGGUAGCAGCCGUGGUGGAAAGUGAGGGACGUCAGGACGAAUGGAGGAAAACCUUGGAGGAGGACACCCGCAAGACCAACCUAGUACUGGAGAAGAUACAACAGUACUGGCAAGACGCUAUCACACUUGCUGUGCCUGAGGAGCUCUAUGACAGUCUGUGUCAGCUGAAAGAGUGGAGCCAGGAGUUGAUAGAACAGAAGCAGCAGGUGAUUGAGGGUUUGCGGGAAGAGCUUCGAAGCCUGGACAUCACCUACACAGAGGAGAUGCUGCAACAUACCCGCCAGAGGUGCGAGUUGCUGCGUCGCAUCAUAGAACACGUCACAGAGCUACACCAAUCCUACCGCGCCUCCCUUAGACAGGUCCAGGAGGUGGCAGACAAAGAGAGGGCAGGUCUAGUACAGUACUACGGAGAGGUGUGGGAUGAGGCUGUGACCGAGCUUAACCAGCAGUUACAAAGGCUCCUCCACGAACGCCUUCACAACAGGACUUCACGUAUGGAGCAGAUCAUCGAACUCAAACUUCACGGUGCCGCCCCCUACACUGCCAUCAAGGACAAACUUGACUCUGAUAUCGAGAAGGUGAUGGUAGAGGUGAUGCGAGUGAAGGCGGCGCAGCAGGUGGAGGAGAGCCAGCUGAGGUACAGCCAGCAGGUGCUACAGCAACAGUAUCGAGAGACCACCGCCCUCGUCAGUGAAGCUCGUCGAACUCUUAACGCUCUCACACCCAAACUAAACAACUACAGGAGGAAGGCGGAGGCAGCAGAGGACCGACGUGUAGCAGGAGAGAGGGCGACGGUGCAGGAGAGGACGAGGAUGCAGGAGUUAAAUAAGCAGUAUCGGCAACGUCUGACUUCCACCAACGCCACCUUCAGCCAGCGAGUGCAGGGGCUCUGUCGCAUGCAUUACCAGGAACUACAUGCCCUCGUCAUGCAGGUGGUGGAGGUAGAGCGAGCCAUCCAGCACGGAGUGUAUGCGAGGGAGUGGGUUGAGCCUGAUCUCUCCGCUCUCACAGACCUGGCCCCACAAGCACCCAACUUGCGGCACACAGGUGCACUCCACGCUGCUACCAAGAUCCUCAGGCCCUCUCAAGAUGGGUCAGUAGAUGGGGAAGGAGGCAGACCGAGCUUGAAGGAGCAGUUCCUAACCAGCCUGGCGGAGGACGCAGCUUUCCUUAUUACUGCCGACACCUCACACCUUGCGUGUCAUGGUCCUCUCCUCAUGCUCGAACAUAUAUUUUGGGAGUUGGGUGUGCACUCGGAAAGGGACGUGGUGCGCCUCCUGCAGGUUGCUCAGCGACGUGUGUCUCAGCGUUCCCUGGAGUUGCCUGACAGGAGGGCUGAGGUCAAUGAGGUUAGCGGUAGUGGCGACGAAGGCAGCCUACUAACAAGAAGUGAGCGAUUGUUUACUACAGAAGACGUAUUGAAUGUGCUUAUAGAAUUCUUAAAUGACAGGCAUUCUGCAGGGGGUAGAUCUUUCGGGGGAGGCGACUGCGAAGAAGAUCUAUACACUCAAGAAGGAGAAGAAGCCGCCCGCUGGACCGCCUUUCUUGAGACGUUUUGCAAGAGAACUAGGACGUGGGCGACGACCAAGGAUGCUCUUUCCAAAUACAAGGACGUUCUCACAGGACGUCUCGAGGAGAUGAAGAAGGUGGAGCGUCUGCAGAGGGAGAAUGCUGAGCUCAGGUAUCUCCUGCAGGGUGUUGCUAGCGAUCUAUGAUCUGUAGGAUGUCAGCAGCGAUCUAUGACGUGCAAAUUGUCUUCAACGAUCUACUGCAGGGUGUCGUCAACGAUCUAUGACCUACAGGUGUUUUCAGCUAUCUGUGACCUGCAGGGGUUUCGUCAGCUGUCUAUGAUGUGGUGCAGACUGUUAGUGACCUGUUCUGAUACCACACAGUAUGCUCACUUAGGAAUAUAUUAUAAAAACAUGUGGGGCGAGAAAAGUAGAGAAGACUACUGUAGAGGCCGGAUUUUUGCUGAAUUGGUAUUGUGACUUUUCAUUUUCCUGAAUGUUGGUUAUUUCAGAACUUCAAAUUGGUGCCUUGAAAGGCCCCUGAUCCAAGGAAUUAAAGCUCUCCUCCCUUUCCUUGGAAUAAAACUGAUUAUAUCUCCUUCCCAUGCGCUGUACGGCCCCUACGGGCUUAGCGCUUCCCCAUGAAUAUAAAAAUUUCAAGCCCAAAUAAAGAUAGACUAUAC